UAACCGAGUACGAAGGACAUGCUCUCUCAGUACUUAAAGAAUGUGAACUCCAGGCAUUUGAUGGGGUAGUUUGUGUUGGUGGAGAUGGAUCCGUCAGCGAAGUUGCUCAUGGUCUACUACUUAAAGCCCAGAUAGAUGCUGGAAAAGACACCGACUAUGUAUCAAUGCCUGUCAGAGCACCGGUUCCUCUUGGAGUAAUACCAGCAGGUACUACUAAUAUUUUGGCUCAUACUCUCUAUGGUAUUAAGCAUGCAGUGACUGCAACAUUGCACAUUAUAAUGGGACAUAUUCAACCAGUAGAUGUCUGUACUUUCAGUACUCCGAGCAAGCUGUUGCGGUUUGGGUUCUCAGCUAUGUUUGGUUUUGGUGCAAGGACUCUAGCUUUGGCUGAAAAACACCGUUGGAUGCCCUCCAAUCAGCGGAAGGAUUUUGCUUUUAUCAAAACACUGGCAGAUCUCAAGCCAGAGGAAUGUGAAUUAUCAUUUCUACCUCUACGAAUUCCACAGGAAGACUCUCGUGAGAAUGACGGAAAGAAGAAAGAGACAGUUAAAAAAAAGGGCAGCAAGGAUCAAUGGCACAAAAUUGAGGGUCACUUCCUGAAUGUGAGCAUUAUGGCAAUCCCUUGUCUGUGUUCAAUGGCACCAAGAGGCUUGGCACCUAAUACAAGGUUGAAUAAUGGAAGCAUGGCUCUUAUUGUUGUACAAAAUACUUCUCGAACAGAGUUUAUAAAACAUCUGAAAAGAUAUGCCAGCGUAAAAAAUCAGUUCAGUUUUCCCUUUGUUGAGACCUACACAGUUCAAGAAGUAAAAGUACAACCAAGGCUUAAAAGUGGUCCUGACGUGAAAGAAAAUAGAUAUUUGAAUGCUGCUUCUGCAGAAGAAAAUUACCCUUGGAAUAUAGAUGGAGACUUAAUGAAAGAAGCAUCAGAAGUUCAUGUUCGGGUGCAUCCUCAACUUAUUAAUCUCUAUGGAGUGAACACUGAUGACCUGGAGAGUUACCAAGCAACAUGCAACUGCAUAUAGAAGGGACACACUGCAAGUUCUGUAUGAAAGAACCCUUUUCUCACCUCUGUGCCCAGCUUUCCAAGGUCCCAGUCAUUCACUCGUUGAAUUCAGUUGUUGUAGCAAA